UCGAUCCGAAGCGCAGCCAGUAGCCGGUCAGUUACUCAGCUGCUGAUCGUAGUAUUCGUUUCCAACUCGACAGCAGUAUUCCUGUAACAAUGACAGCGAGGACAACGGUUCGAGCGCUCCGCGCUUUUUUGCGAGCGGGGAGACGAAAUCCGGACUUUCGCCUGUACCGCACGUCGACGAUCUGCAGACAACAUGAGCAAGGCGGCAACUCCUCGUCGUCUUCAGUCCCACCACUGGAUGACACGAGCCGACCACAGUACCUGGGCACCAGGUGCGACUGGACCGAGAGCAUUGAUUUCCGCACACACGUUGUCUCUGAAGGGUUCCCUGUCUACCAUGUCCUCAGCCGGGAUGGAAAGCCUAUUGUGCCUUCUGAGGAUCCCCAGCUGCCAGAGCAGAUGCUGCUGAAGAUGUACCACGGUAUGACGCUCCUGAACAGCAUGGACAGAGUCCUGUAUGAGUCACAAAGGCAAGGACGCAUCUCCUUCUACAUGACCAACUUUGGCGAGGAGGGCACACAUUUUGGCAGUGCUGCUGCCCUCGACAACAAUGACCUCAUCUACGGACAGUACCGAGAAGCGGGAGUCUUAGUGUGGCGUGACUACCCGCUGGCUCAGUUCAUGGGCCAGUGCUAUGGCAAUGAGCUGGACGACUGCAAGGGUCGAGGCAUGCCCGUCCACUACGGCAGCGACAAGCACAACUUCGUCACCAUCAGCUCACCGCUCGCCACGCAGAUGCCCCAAGCUGUAGGCUCUGCGUAUGCAUUCAAGCUUGCCCAAAAGAAGAACUGCGUCGUCUGCUACUUUGGCGAAGGUGCCGCCAGUGAAGGCGAUGCCCAUGCUGCCCUCAACUUUGCUGCCACACUCGACUGCCCGGUCAUCUUCUUUUGCCGAAAUAAUGGCUAUGCUAUUUCAACUCCAGCCUACGAGCAGUACAAAGGUGAUGGCAUUGUUGCGAGGGGUCCUGGCUAUGGCAUUGCAUCCAUACGUGUUGACGGCAAUGAUGUCCUGGCCGUGUACAACGUCACAAAAGCUGCUCGCCAGAUGGCCGUUGAGGAAUGCAGACCGGUGCUCAUAGAGGCCAUGACGUACAGAAUUGGUCAUCACAGUACAUCGGACGACAGCUCGGCAUACCGGUCGGUGGAUGAAGUUCGGUCCUGGGACCGGAACGACCACCCCAUCACCCGCUUCCGCAAUUACCUCGUCUACCGCGGACUCUGGGACGACAGCAAGGAGGAGCAGUGGAAGAACGAGACCAAGAAGCAGAUCAUGCAGGCGUUUGCACGUGCCGAGAAGCUGAAGAAGCCGCCAGUGAAGUACAUGUUCACAGACGUCUACAGCCAGAUGCCCCCAUCGCUGCAGGAACAGUGGGAACUGAUGAGGCAGCAUCUGCAGCAUUACAAGGAACACUACCCACUCAGCAGCUUCAAGGAACUGCCGGAAGAUGAAUAGGAAAACAAGCCACGCAACUUGAGUGAAAUACACUACAUUGUUUUAAGACAAGUCCAAAACUGUGACACAUCGAAGCGUCAUGCAAAACUUUUGCACUGCCGCAUGGUGAAGUGCAUUAGAUGCCAGCUCAGGAAGUUUCCUGAGAAUACUGGAAGAAACAGAACCAAAUGGGACUGCACAAAAAUGUGGCUUUUAUGCUGUUAUUUUUAGCUUUUCAAAUAUUUCAAUCAUGCUCAUUUGGGCUGGGGUUGCAAAAUGCGAGGCAGCAGUGACAUGUGCCUUCGUACAUGAUUAAACUGCGUGUGUAUGUACUGCAAGGCAUCGUAAACAAAGCAGGGAAACAGUGUUUCAACAGUUCGACUCAGUGGUACCGAAGAGAAAUUGUUUUUGACAAAACAGUGCAGUUGAAUACUGUGAACACUUUUUUGUUCAGAGAGCUCUUUCUAAUGGCAAAAGGUGUCAAAACUUCUACUUUUAUGUCAUUCACUCCCCGGCUUAAUUGUUUGCAGGCUGUUGCAUUCUGCAGCCCAUGGCGUAAAAACACUCUUGAAAAGUUGCACGGGUUAUCUUCCCCACUCGACUUUUGCUUAUGUGGCAAAAGGGCAAUUAAUUAACCAGCCAAUGACAAGAUUUUUCCCACAGUCAUCACAAGGCAUUUCUUUUUCUUCUCUUCUAGAUGAGAAAAAACUUGCUGCAAUUGAAGCAGACAAUUAACCACAAGCUGCUAUGUUUCUUUCGCAUUCAGGCAACGAGUGUGAGACGCAGUGUGGAAUGCUUUACAAUGUGAUGGUUUACUCAAUAUGUUCAAACCUUAUUCAUGAAAGGGAAAAUGGUAUGAAGAAGGCACUUUGUACUUGAAGAGUAAGAUUAAGUUAGAUUGAUAGACUACACAGAACACCAAAUAGGCCAGUCUAGCCGUGAGCGAGAACUUGGUCUGCCAGAAAUUAAGUCAAAAACAGUAGGUGGGUGGUGAUGCCACCAUGUAGUUUCCACAUCAGCUCACCGUGACAUCAUGAAUUUUGACAAUAUCUACUUGGGGUUAGUUAUUUGUUUAUCGACAAAGAAGGCUUGCAUUGCAUUUUAAAGAAAUGAAGGGCUCAACCUGUUAAGUAUUAAGAACUUAUGUUUUGCUCAAAAAAUGGCUCAAUCUAUACGAAGGGGCUUUGAGAUCUGUGAUGUCGUAGCGGCGUACUGGAGGCACAAUUUAAAAGUACAAAAUUUGAGAAAGGGAAAGAGGUUUGGCCUUCAACUUCUCCAUUAGUAAGCUUUUUCCUGCCAAAUGAACGGAGUUAUAGUUUUGAAAGCAUAUUUUGAUGGUGUUUACAGUGCACAGUGACAGAGGCCCUGAAACACUUUUUGAACGUGGCAAGAAAAUGUUACCGAACUGUUGUACAGGCUGCUGUGAAUAUGUGAGCUAAUAUUGCUGAACUGCAUACAGCAGGGAAUUUACAAUCUCGUGUCAAAAACAUUGAAAUAUUGCUUGUUCUCACUUCUGCAGUACUGUGAUGCAGCGUCAUCGAAUGCAGCUAGCCUACCAAAACUACUAACCGAUUCGUGAUCGCUAGAGCAUUCUCAGCAACACAUAAUUGCUAAUUUUGAGUUAUAUAAAUUAAAAAUAUACAUUUCUGCAGUCUCAAAAUGACAAAAAAAUCAUUUCAUUUUUACACUGCGCAUUGUUGCAUCAGAUGCUUGUGGCCUUAAAGAUAGCGGCAUGCUGUGUAGCAUAGUCUGCCACGGCUGCCAAAGGGUGGCACGAUGAGCCCUUUAGCCACCGCAAUGCUCAGAUAUUGGCUGGGGCUUUGCUCUCUUGCCUUCUCCACUGUGUAGCUUCCAGCACGGCAGCAGAGACGAAAAGAGAGCGAAAGCCAGGUAUCAGUGUGUUAACUCCACUUAUAGUUGAAGGAUUCGAAAAAUGUUUGUGCCGUGAGAUUCGCAGGAUGACAUCGUUUAGUAGUGAGGCUAAUCUAUGAUUGGUUAGAAAAGUGUUUAGAAGAGAAACAAGACAAAAGGGAGAUCAACCAAUAUCUUAGAUCACCUGUCAUUUUCUUCAAGAUUGUGUCUAAAAGCUUUGCACCAAUUGUGGGUACAUUCUUGAAGAAAAUGACAGUCAAUUUAUGAUAUUGGUUGUUCUCCUAUUGCUUUGUUUCCUUUCUGCCAGUCUGUAGUUCUUAUUGCAAAUCAAGAAAGCCGGAAGUAAGCUUAUUUUGACUCUCUGCCUAUUUCUUAUCUUCUUCAGCCAGUGUGCACUGUGACCUCUAUCGAAAUGAACCAGUACCACCUUGCCUAAGCCUUUCACACUUGCAUAUUUAAGGGACUACUAGUAUAAGCCGACUCUGUGUUGUUCUGUACGGUUCAUUUAAAACAAAAGGUGUGUGAUUGUUUGACAGUGAGAUAUGGUAUCCGUUUAGGGUUCAUAAACGAAGGCGCAGAAUUUUUAUGCUUUGUUGUGUAGCACUGUUCUCUUCCUAAGUACUUGUGCAAGUGUAUGCAUUCUGGUUUGCUUGCACCAUGCAUGGAAGAAGCACCUCACUUGCAUAAUUGUGAAACUAAACUUUGACGGAACACUAAAGGCAUGUCACCAAAAGGUCAUCAUUUUAAUAUUGCAAGUUUCAAGAUGACUCUUGAUAAUGUAUUAGUCUGCACCAAAUAACUUUUUAGCAUGCCACAACAAUCGUAAAUUGCACUGUACUGACUACAGCAGUGCAGCGCUAAGUGCAGGGCAGCAGAACUUUAUGCCACGAAUGCAGAUGAGUUCAUCUCAUUGAACCUCCAAUGCAGCAUGUUAGCCGGAGAAAGAAAUGGUAAUUAUGGCAUGAACGCCAAAGAAUUGCUCAUUUUUAUAGCGUUAGAAAUUCAGCGGUAGAUAUUCUGUAUAGUUUCUGCCACUGUGAUUUAAAUUGAACUGCAAUUUGAGAUUGGAUUGUGAUUUAGCACUGCAGAAAAUUGGCAGAUGAUUUAUAUGUUGCAGCAAAGGCCUUCCUUGUCAUUAAUAACAUUCAAAGUUGCAUUGUCACAUCUGUAAGAAUCACCGAUAAGUGGCUAUCUUGUGUGAAUUGCAAUUGCUUUCACUUGAGUUUGACGUACAAUUAUGUCACAGUCACAGAUGUUGCAAAAAGCAAAAUUCUGUCGUAACACUCUGUUCAGUGUGGUUUUAGUUUGCAAAAGUUCUGGUAAAAGUUGCCUACCCAAUGCAUUAAAGGAAUUAAUGGGGUCGGUGACUGGUAACCAUUCAUGUGACAAGAAAAGUGUGAUUGUCUUGCACAGUAACAGUUCAUCACUCUUUUAUUCUGUCAAGCGCAUGUAGAUUAUCUAAGCUUGUCCAGCUUUAAAAGAUUAAAGCUCACAAGCUUUGUAGAGAAAACUCUGAGAAAGAUUGUGGCGAUACAAAACAUCAACGAAUGCAGAGAGCCUAUAGUUCCUGCAAGCUGACAUUGGAGACAUUGUGAAAGCUUUAUAAUGUGAGGCACUCAUGGCCCCAUUUCAUUUAGUGCAUCCUGUUUAUGAACAAGCUGCCUUGGACUUGUCCUCUCAGCAGUUGAUGCAUCAAGCAAUUGAAGUGUUUAUUGCACUAUUUUAAUUCUAUGUGUAGGCAUAUUGUACAGUAUCUGUGUCUUCGCAUUGGUUCCAACUGUUUCUAAUCAUAUUCUUGAGUACUGCUCUGUGAUAUUCUUUAUUUUUUAAUGAACUGCUGUCAUGCCUGGAAAUGUAACAAAGUGAAGAUAUUGUGAUGGAUCUCGCAUGGCUGACGGUUAAAUGUGUUUAAAUGACGAUUUACAGUUAGUGAAUUGGUGCAUGAUUGCUGGUGCUGCUAAAUGCUAUUGCAUGCUACAUCACUGUAAAUACACUAAAAUGUAAAUGUGACAAAAAAAAUCACUACAUGUUUGGUGUCCGAGUUGUGCACAAACAUGCUUUCACCAUCGUAAGGUUUGAUGUACAGGCAAGACAAAAGCUAAAUAGAGCACCGUGUCAAACUUCAACUGCAUUCACUAAUGACUUUGUAGAAAUUAUUUAUAAGGCAAGUACUCCUGCAUAGCAAUGCUCAUCGACAUAUUGGAACUAUUAUCUAAUACUAGUAUUGACUGGCAACCUGCAGUACUGUAGAAUUAUUUAUGUGGCUAACAAGUUUUAUGCAUAUUGCCUUUAUGCACACUUGAAAUCAAUUCUGAUGUUUUCAUCACCAACCCAUUUUGGUAGGUUCCCCUACCCAGGCAGGCCAAGUAUAAUAAAAACUUAGAGCAGAGUGCGAAGUCUUCCCUGCUCUUUCUCUGUUACCACAGUUUGGUGUGUGGCUGUCACUUGCAAGAAUAAAUUGCUUUCUUGACUGUGCCACCCUCUGGAGCAGGCCAUUUUUAAAAAGUGAAAAAAGAAAAAGCUCGUUUAUAGCAAGCACGAUAACUGAGCGAAAAAUUUUCCAGUAACAGCCCAGGGACGGUACACUCGAGCAAUCACAUUGGAGUAUAUGAUCGCUUUCAUGGGAUUUCACGUGACCCAGCAUCUUGGCGAUGCAGCUUUGCAUAGUGCCAAGAAUGUCAUCAGCCACAUACAUGAACACAUCUGGUGCCGAGUCAUGCAAAGUUUAGUGAGAGUGAUUGCGUUUUAAAAAGUGAUCAUUCGAGAAUAUUGCCCCAGCAUUCUCGCUUGUUGGCAGGUUAUUGAGCUGAAACAAUGCUGUGUUGCGAUUUUGCCUGUUUUUUCUGCUCUGGUCAUCAGCCACUUGCCUUUCUGGCCACACCUUCAUAAAACAUUUUUGGUAUAGUUUUGCUACAGAACAAUAUUAGCCAUCAAACUCGUGUGCAUUUCCUUCCUUCAACGCUGAGCCCAACACUUUACUGUUUGAUAUGUCACGUGUGUUCCAAUUUCCCUUGCAUUCCUAACAGGAAGUUAACAGACAUGCAACAUUAAAGUAAAAUAAAAUGCAUGCAUUAAUGAUAAUUAUCAUUGUGUGUCAGAGUUACACCCAAAAGGAUGUACCACAGUUUUUAAGAGCAAGUGCUUGUUGUGUGCAGUUAGCUCUAGUGCAGCACUGUUUUAUUUUCCCAAGGCCUGAAGAUGUGUACAUUUCCACCUCAUGUAGAUACUGUAAAGCUUUGAGCUGGAUGCUGUAUGUGCGUUUGUGUGGUUACGAUGAAACCCAGAAAAAUCAGAUAUCAUGCCUGCGUUGUUUUGGUGUUGUCUGAUAUCGCAGAAACAGUGUGCAUGCUUAUGCUUUGAGUAAAUAGCCAGUUAUUGAGUUCACAGAAAUUGGAAUCGCAUCCAGGGCUAGUUCGCCAUGCAGCUAAUUAUGCAUUCCACGCAGAGACGCGCAGUACAGCUGCACAUAAUCACGGUUUCACCACAAGGUGUUUGAAGCCACCACCUCCCAUCUUUAUAACACGAAAAAAUGUACCACGAAGUUUGCAAAACCAUGGGAGCAACAAAAUAUUCAAAUUUUAUUCUGGAACAACAUUGUUGACUGGAACUGGAACACAUGGUGCAUUGGUACUAUGAACCCAUGUGUGCAUAGCACCAGUCGAUCUCUUGCUGCAUACCUAGGCUGCGAAAUUAAAAAGUUUCUUUCAUGGCA